AUGCCGGAACCGGUGUUGAGGCGACAUCGUGAGAAGUCAGCCCCGCGAGAGGGGGCUCCAAGGGGACGUAGCCCUGAUGCCAAAUCUUUGCAGCAGGCGGCUAAGAAGGCUAGGAACCAUAGUGGAGGGUACGUCACACCGCCCCCUAGGACUAGGAAGGUGCUCCAGGAUUCUCAUACCAAAUGUGUGAAGCCUCGAAAGAUUAAGUUUGGCAACGACUCCGUGCACCACAUCGAAGCGGAGAACCCGGCACCUCCAAAGUCUUCAAAGGAGAAGAAAAUUGGCGCAGACGCGAUCUUGAACGCCCUUAAGGAGAGACCCCAUGAGUCAAAGAAGGAGGACAAAGCUGAAGAUAGUGAAUCUAGCUCUGACGAGGAGGCCCUGAACAAUAGACGCAGGUGGUGGAAACAGUUUGAAUUACAAGAAGCCCUCAGUGUCCAGAAUGAAAAAACGGAGGAGCUGGAAGUGAAAGAACAAAAGGCAAAGAAAGAAGUGGCACCCAAGAAAGAAAAGAAGGAAGAGUCAUCGAAGGAGGAAGAGAAGAAGAAAGAAGAUAAGAAGAAGAAGGAAGAGCGACCAAAGAAGAAGGAAGCUCAAUCGAAGAAGGAAGAAGAGGAGCCAAAGAAGAAGGAAGAGCAAUUGAAGAAACAAAACAAGAAGGAAGAGCAAUUGAAGAAACAAGACAAGAAGGAAGAGCAAUUGAAGAAACAAGACAAGAAGGAAGAGCCAAAGAAGGCAGAGAAAGAACAGAAGAAGAAGAGGAGCAAGGGUUCCAGCGACUCAGACCAGGAAGAUGAGGAGGAUGAUGCAGCUUCCUCGCCGGAUGAAAGUAGCGAGAUUGAAGAAGAGGAAAGAGAAGACGAAGAAGAAGAACCAGAAGAGGAAGAGGAAGACGAAGCAAGCUCCGAGGAGGCAAGCCCUGAGGAAGAGGCUUCAGAUGACUCCAGCAUGGAUGGGUCCAGCUGCCAUGAGUCGGAGAGUGAAAGCAGUGGCGACAAAAGGUCUGAGGAGAGUUCUGAAGAGGACAAGAAGAAGAAAAGCAAGAAGAAACAGGGGAAGAAAGAUAAGAAGAAGAAGGAUAAGGAUGAGGGGAAGGACAAGAAGAAGGACAAGGACAGUGACAAGGCGGAUGGCAAGAGUGGCGUGAAGGAUAGGAAGGAGGACGCGAAGGAGUGUGCGAAGAAGAAUGAGGGUGAGAAGAAGGAUGGGAAAGGAAAGAAAAGAAAGGCAAGUUGCAGUGAGGAGUCAGAAGAUGAGAUCAACGAAAGCAGCGAUGAGAACAAGAAGGAGAAGAAAGAAAAGGAGAAGAAAUGCAAAAGGAAAGAACGUAAGAACAAGAAGGAAAAGAAGAGCAAAGAAGAGAAAGGGAAUUCCACGAGCCAUCGGAAGGAAUGGCAAAAAUUUGGGCGGCGGUGCAAACAUCCCCGGCGAUGCCCAGCAAAAAUUGUGGCUGCCUGCAAAAAUGCUGAAACAAGGGCUGAGCUGUUCAACACCUAUCUCCAGUGUGGUGAAGUCUUCGCAGAGGUGGAAAUGAAGUUCACACAGCAGCUUGAGGAGAGUCAAGCUACCCAGGUGAGGUAUGGCUUCAGGAAUGACACUUGGUUGGUAAAGCACCGCGGAGAACGAAAAGCGCAAAAGAUCAUGAAGCGGAAGGAGGAGUUGGGGUUGACCAUCCCGGACCCCGAGUUUCCGGGACGACGAGAAAUUGUACUUCGUUCUUGUGGAGUUCAACCUGGAUGA